CCUGUUCCCACAGAUGCUACUCAGAGGAGGAUGGCCAAAGUAAAUGACUCCAUUGUGACUGAAUUUGUCCUUUUAGGUUUAACUGAUCAACCAGAACUCCAGCUCUUUCUCUUUUUCCUAUUCCUAGGGAUCUAUGUGGUAACCAUUGUUGGGAAUCUACUCUUGAUGAUUUUAAUUAAGCUAAAUCCACACCUUCAUACCCCCAUGUAUUUCUUUCUCUUCAACAUGUCUUUCAUUGAUUUGUGUUAUUCCUCUGUCACCAUCCCCAAAAUGUUAAUGAACUUUGUGUCAGAGAAAAACAGCAUCUCCUAUUCUGGGUGCAUGGCUCAGCUGUAUUUCUUCUGUGUCUUUGUAAAUUCAGAGUCACUUCUUUUGUCAGCCAUGGCCUAUGACAGAUACGUUGCCAUUUGUUACCCACUGCUUUAUAAUAUCAAGAUGUCCUCUCGGAUCUGCUCCUUUCUGGUUUCUGGUGUAUUUGUGAUGGGGCUUUCUGUUGCCUUGGCCCACACUGGAUGUAUGCUGAGACUGUCCUUCUGUGCUGGUAAUGUCAUCAACCAUUACAUGUGUGACAUACCCCCUCUUCUAGAACUCUCCUGCACCAGUACCUAUGUCAAUGAGUUAGUGGUUUUUGUUAUAACAGGCAUCGAACUUGUGGUGAUUGGCUCUGCCAUUUUCCCCUCUUAUGCUUUAAUUUUUUCCACUAUUCUCCGCAUCAAUUCCACUAGUGGUAGAUCUAAAGCCUUCAGCACUUGCAGCUCCCACCUAACUGCUAUUUUUCUGUUUUUUGGGUCAGGAAUUUUUGUGUAUCUUAAACCUUCUUCUUCUAAGUCUAUGAACCAGGGAAAAGUGUCCUCUGUGUUCUAUACCAUUGUGAUUCCCAUGUUAAACCCCAUGAUCUACAGCCUGAGGAACAAGGAUGUCAAAUUGGCCAUGCAGAAAACCUUGAGACCAAGAAUGAUCUCUUAA